CUUUUCACCUGAAUCAGUAGACGACAACCAGAAUGAAAAUCAAUGUUGUCAUCGAUCAAGCAAAAAACACAAGUGGGGUUGCAUUUGACAAAAAAUUAAGAGUACUUUUUAUAAAAGGCAAGUUACCAGUGUGGCGUAUUUGUUUCGAAAUCCUUUGACUAUUUUGAAUUUCACUAUCCACUCGUUAAGGUCAACAUAUUGUAAAAUUAAACUACACUCUUGAAUCGUGUUUGUUGUAAUCAUUUUUUAAUAUUAAAAUUUAAUCAAAUAAAACAAAAAAAUUGUAAUAAUCCCCUUUACGAUGAUUGUAAUAUAUAGGUUCUAAUACAUUGUGUUUAUGUAAAAAUUUUUGCAAUACAAUUUUUGAUCAGCUACUUAAAAAGCUUAUUUAUUAUUGAAACUCAGCAACCAGUUUCAUGCACUGCACAUCAAUUCUUCGAAGUGUCUAUAGAUGAAAUUAUUUUAUAUAUAUACAUAUAUAUUUCUUAUGAUAAUUUAGUAAUUUUCAAUGUUGUCAAUUCAAUUGGAAAACGUUGUGCGCAGGAAUGCCGAAAACACAGAACGUAUCAUGAGGAACGCCAUUGGUUAUGUGGUGUCGAAUAAUGCUUUGGGAACUGUGAUACAAUCCACAUUCGAUAACAGCACUUCUGGUGGCAUAACUAAAUUGAUUAGUGGAGUACUAGUGCCAACAGCUCGCAGCGCAGUGCGCGAUUUAGAUUCCACCAAUGAUUUGGCCUUUCUUCGCAUUGCAACACGAAAAUUUGAAUAUUUAGUCGCACCGGAAAAGGAAUUCACAAUUGUUGUGAUGCAAUAAAAUUAUAUUUAACCAUCUAUAACAUAUAUGAUUUUGUAUAUUUUGGUUUUGUACAAUCUUUUUAUAUUUGAAAUUACAAUUCAUAACUGUAUUCUA